CAGUACCGGGCCUUGGUUGCUAUCCCUCUGGACAGACCUCCCAGAGUCCCAGACAUGAUAAGCCCCUUUGGGGAGAUUUUGCUACUAUGCUACCCUUUCUGAAUUCCGACGCCUUCGCUUGAGCAAGCAUCUGGUCCGUGUGCAGAUCGCCAUUCCCACGGAAGAUUUGUCAGAGCUCAAGUUUCCCUCCCCAGUAUUAUUAGUACAACCAAUAUGUAGUUGACCUAGAAUUUCUUAAGAAAUAGAUUUGCUUAUACAAGCAGCAAUUAUGGGAUAAAUAAGACUUCAGCCACGCAGCAACCUUACAGCAAUAGCGAAAGAUAAGACCUCAGCUCGCAAUCAUUUAGGUUGGCAGAUAGUCUCAGUCACAGCCAGGACGACGAUUUCGUAACCCUAGAGGCAGAACAAAAGCAGGGGAGGUGGCAUCUAAAGUGACUGACUGCUCCCCUACCGCUCUAGGUCACCAUCUUAUAACCUCUUCACUUCUCCCUGUUUUUCCUUCCUCAAAUACACUUCGAAACACAGGGGAUUAGUGUAAAGACUGACGGCUCAAGCCAUGGCCGGUAAGCGUUGUCCUUCCAUUGUUCUCAUGGUUCUACUGGCCUGCUGCGGCGCCUCGUCCGCCGCAGACCAAGAGCUGACCCACCUCCACUUCUACUUCCACGAGGUCGACGCCGGCACGCCCAACGCCACCGUCGUCAACGUCGCCAGCCUGCACAAGAACGCGUCGACGUUCGGGGACGUCAACGUGUUCGACAACGCGCUGCGGGAGGGGCCGGACCCAGCGUCGCGGCUGAUCGGCAGGGCGCAGGGCUUCGCGGUGCACGCGUCGCUGGAUGAGUCCGGCGGGCUCACGGCCAUCGGCUUUGUCUUCUCCGACUACGGGGAGUACAGCGGCAGCACGCUGGCGACGCAGGGGCACUUCAGCGUGUCGGGUCCCUCGGAGCGCAGCAUCGUCGGCGGCACGGGCAAGCUCCGGUUCGCGCGCGGGUACAUGACCAGCAAGCUGCUCAGCUCCACGGACACCUCCAUCGUCGUCGUCUUCGACAUGUACUUCACCCUCGCCCACUGACGGUCGUCCAAUCGUCCGUAAUAUGUGAUCGAUAUCGUCACGAUCACGCUUUUAUGUUCCAGACAAACAGAAAAUGCGGCCGAAUUUCGGAUUUAUGUUUGUGGAAUUUUAGACUUGUACGAAUGAUACCUCCUCGGCACGGUCUCCAGCCCGGCGCCGCAGCCGGUCGAAGAGCUCGUCACCGAACGGAUGGACAGAGUUGACCCACCAUAGUGCAAUCUAUCAGGUGGGCACAUCUCUCACCCACGUUGACCAUCAAAUAAAAAAGAAAGAAAGAAAUUUGUCUGAAGCUGCACUUGUUCUGUAACAUUGUUUCAUCCUUCAGUUGUUCUGUAACAUCGUUCUGCACUACAGCUGCUUUGGAAGAAACUAACCUGAUCAGACGGUAUAGGAUUUUGACAAGUUGAA